AUGUUUUGGACAGCGAUAGUGAUAUUGACGUGUUUGAUUGGUGUGAGAUCGGAACCGACGUCAUGUACCGAAGACUCGCAGUGCUCAAGCGGGUUCUACUGUGAAGCGAGCGCCCGCUUUUGCCGCGAGUGUCUUCGUUGCGAGGAUUUCAAACGCGAAUCGCCAAUGCCAACAGACGUCUGCGUGAAUUUAGUACACGUGUACCCUGAAGGACUAUGUAUGCCUCAUGACGCGGAGAAUACAACGGAACUACUGCCUUUAUAUGCUUGGGUUGCCAUCGCUGCUGGUUUAGUACUAAUGGUUGUUAUUCUUUGCUUGUUUUCGAAGAUGAAGAAAUUCAAAAUAGCUUACGCUGCCACAGAUCAAUCACUUCAAACAAUACAGAGGGUAGAGGAUGUUCUUCUCCGUCCACCGGCGUACCAUGACAUUGAUAACAGGUCACCUGCUCCACCGCGUAACUAUGCUGAAACUCCUAUAAUGCAUAAACUUGAUGAGUCGCCGCAUUCGAAUGUGACGUUGCCUUCGCCGGUGUUUCGGCGGUGCGAAAAUUCAGACAGUCAAUACGCUCGCAUCUUCAAUAAUCCUGUGUACGUGCGUGAGCCCCAACAUGAAAUCAGGUAAUAUUUGAAUCAGUGGUGGACUAAUUAGGGCGAGUCUCAGCCAUAUAGCUGCAGCCAUCCACGAAAAUCACAAUAAUAUAAUAUACAAUAUCAAAUUUCUACCUCGGUUGAAAAAAGUUGAGGUUAUUCUAAGUCAUUUUCUAAAAUCACUGGGUCUACACCCAAGAGCAUUAUAUUGAAAUACGUGUUAAUGUUAUUAAACCAGCACAAGAUGCAUUCGAUCAACUAAUAAAAUCAUUGUUUCUUAAUAUAUAACAAUGCAAUUUUAAUGAAAUCAACAACAAUAGAAAGGAAAAGCUCUUUAAAAUUUCAAACAUAAAAUAUAAGCUUGCGAGUGUUCUGUAUGGUUCAAAUAUAUCAAAAUUACCGCUGUUGCACACAUUGUGAGUUAUAUAAAUAAAUAUUUGAACAACAAUUUUUGAUUUUUAAUAAUUGACUGAUUGGUUAAUUCCAUUAGUAGUUAAACAUAAUUCCAUUAGUAGUUGUAAAAGGGUUAGAAGUUAACAAAAAUAAACAAAAUAUUGAUUUUUGCUAAUGAAUUUUCAUUCAAGGUAAAUUAAAAAUUUUCUGUUACAUUAGAUUUGCUACCUUACUUUUACACAAUAAUUUAUUCCCAUAGCCACCUUGAGGUUUUCAAAGCUCGAUAAUCGCUUUUAGUCAAAAAGCGAUCGAUGUCCAAAAACACUACCUUGCUAAAUGUUGAUACCUAAAAAAAAUAAAAUAUGAAAAACAUGCCAGUUAUAGAAAUAUUUGUUGAACCCUGAUUCCAAAAAAUAUGGCCAAGCAACGGUUCUAAUGUCUGCCCUUUUUAGACAAAGUACGCCUAAAAUGGUUUUUUUAAUGUAUUUGGAAAAACCAUCUGUCAAGAUGGCGACUUUUCGUUGUAUGGUCUUACUGAAACCGACAUUAUUUCGAAAUCUAACUUAUUAAAAACGCUACUUCUGAGAGACGCGUAAAAAUUUUAAUAGAAAACUUAUUAUACUUCAUCGAAAAUAUACAUGCGCCAGCCAUUACUUAUUGUUAAGUAACACUUUACUUAUAAUUAAUAUUUUGGAUUUAUUAAAAAUUAGGAAUGGAUGAAAAGUAACCAUUAUCAAUAUAAUUAUGUGCAGCAACAUUUGCCAAUUCAGAACACUUUGAAUUUGAUUUUUUACUGCCGUAUUUGGUUCCAUUAAGAGCUGAUAGUCAGUUUCGCAGGAGCAAAUAGUUCUACGUAGACUAACUAUAGGGUCGUUACUGAAAAAAGUAGUGUUCACCAAGUCCAUUAUAGAUAUUGAAUUAGAGCAAAUACGCCUGUUAAAUGGGCCCUUUUCCGUGGUUAUAAUUGCUUACUAUUCCAUUAUAGUCCUGAUAAAACUGUGGUUCCAGAACGAUUACUAGACCACAUUUUGCUGCUUGAGUGUUUUAAUAUCAAACUGUUUCAUAUUUAAUUUUUUAUUUGCAACAAUUGACAAAAGUACUCUCAAAGAAUUUGUGUUUACAAUAGGAAUAUAUGUUUCAUCAUAAUCUAUUUUAUAUUUCUGUUGAAAUCCUCUUGCGACUAAUCUUGCUUUGUAUCUACCAUCCGGUUUCGUAUAAACAUCUACAUAUGAGCAGCAGAUGUUGUAGCAGUACUCUGCCUACGGCGCAAAGGUUACGCUGAAGAUAUAGAUAAAUAGAUACGAGCAGCUCAAUGACGCAAUAGUUAUCGUGUUCGGUUUGCAAUCUGGAGAUAAAGCAACUUUUGCUUCAGGCGGGUAUAGGAUCUUCAGCCUACCAAUAUCCCAACUGCUGAGGCUCAGCCCUUCCCUAUCGAACUUACCUAUCGAUAUAUGGAAUCGAAUCAAGUUGUAAAGGAAGAGUGAGGCAUGACCUACAGGGCGGAUGAGUGGGUUUAAAUGACUCCAGAUACAGUCAGUACCAACGGCUUAAGUUGCUUUCCUGAGCUCGAGAUAACAAAAUGUUGGUCACUUCCUCAUCGCAAACCAAACGCGCUAACUACUGCCCCAUCGAGCUUGACGAGAGGUUAUAGAAUGGAUGAGAAAAAAGUUAUUAUCUCGAGGUCCUCUGUGCUUAGGGAGGCACGUUGAACCGUUGGUUGUAGCUCCAGCCGUUGACACCUACCGAUCCACUUUAGGUCCAGUUAGUAGUAGGUUAAACUUGAUUCUUCCAUCUUAAGAGAUAGCAGGGUCCAAGUACUUACGACAUCAAUUGGCUAAUGAUCAUAAUGAUACAUAUCAUUAUGAAAGCGAUAGUAUUAUAAAAAAAUAAACACAUGGCCACACAAAAUGACGCAGGUCGAGUUGUGAAUCCUACAAGGCUGAGACCGCACUACGUUUAAUUAAACGAACGCGGUUUAGAUAUGGCUGAAAAGCAUAUGUUGUGGCACGCGUUUCCAGUCAGCUAAUUCGUGUAUAUGUAGAUCACACUUGUAAUAUGUAGAAGACUGUGUUACACAGUGCCAAGUUUCAAGUAGUGCGGCCUCAGCCUUAAAGAAAUCUAUUUAAAAUAUCACAGGUCCAACUCACAUUUCGCGAUUCCUGUCAGCCACGACGACAACAUAGUUGUUCCUUCUACUUCUGCCGGUACUGAGACACUGUGGGUAUCGAGUAGUAAUGCUGACAAUAAUACCAACUUACCUACCGCCUCUCAAAACAGCAUAAGUGAUGCCAAAAUGUCAUCAUCACUAGGAAAGACCAGAGUUGGUCAACAGGUGCAAGAUUCCAACAAUAAUUGCCCUGAGGAAGAAGAUCCAUUGUGUCGGCGAACUAACGGCAGUAGUACAUGCUGCACGAGUGUGAUGACUGGACCGUCAUUCGUCAUUAACGUGGUAGAGAAUGUGAACAAUGCGACAUUGUCACAUGUUGAAUAUCAUACGUGA